AUUUUCAAGUCGGGAAGGCGGAGCUCUAGAAAGAUGCCCGAGUUUGUGACUGGGAUUCCUGAGCUGUAUGACCAUUCACAACGAUUUUUCACAGAUUUUCGAGUUCCCCGUUGUUUUUGAACGCGGCAGGUGUACAUACUGUAACCGCGAGUCAUUUUCUGAUUGCGUCACCAGAAAGCGUCACAUUCUCAAAAACCGUUUGGUUUAUUGUGUUUAUUUAGGGUGGAUGUGCCCCGGCUGCCAUCGACCCUCAAAAUGACCAAAUUACAGUUUCUAAAUGUAUUUUUGACCGAACGGUUGAUGUUAGCCGCCCAAGAGAUAUAUAAGCAAGUGGAAGAGACAAUAUUAGAAUACCAGGAAGAAAUAAUCCAGGGAAAGAGAGAGAAUGAUCAAUUGAGACGCAAGUUUGGGAUUCCAUGGCCAGACCGAGAGCCCUUUGCUCCUGUAGAAUCUGAGGAGGAGGGAGGCAUUGGGCAAAAGCGGGAACCAGAGCCAAGGCAGACUAUGGAGAAACAGGAGGGAAGGACCAGGAAGGAGGAAAAUCAGUUUAGAGGACCGGACUCUCAGUCUAGAUUCACUCCUUCCAAUGGAAACGAUGACUAUGAUCAGAACCCACCUCAACACACCUCACUCAGUCAGUUCCAAACUCACACCGGGGAGAGUAGAGAGGGAGGCUCUCUGUCCAGCUCAUCAACAUCCAAACCAAUCAAAACAGAGACUGAAGGACUGGGUGUUUGUCCAUUUGAUCCGUCAAGUGACCCCAAUACAUUCUCUUCGUCAGUGAACCUUGAGCUUUCGGCAGCACAGAGUGAGAACAGUGACUAUGAAAACACAGAUGACUUCUGGUGCUGUGCGGUGUGGAGGGAAGGCCAGGAGGAGGUGGAGGGUGUGGUUCCUAGUACCUGGGUGGUGGGCAGGAAGGUCCUGUGGCCUCCAGCCAAUGGGAGGAAAGCUCUGAAAGAGAGACACAAGCCAGGAGCCAAUUGGACGACUUAUGACCUUGUUAAGGUCAAACUAUUCUCAGAAUCUCUGGAAGAGUGUGAAGGCUACAGUAGGUCCAGUGAUGAGCUCACUGACAACGGAGACAGUGAGCCCAACACGCAGAAGAAGAAGAGGAGGAGGAGGAAGAGGAGGACGGGUGAGGGGCACGUUACCGGCCCUGAUCAGAUACCUCAAGGAGGACCCAGUGGAGAUGGAAGGAUACACACAGGUGACAGAAUCCUUAGGGAAUGUUUUGGGCCACCGUGUUGUACUUUCACUAAACUAGCCAUAUGUAUGGAACACAAUUCUGUACCUGUACUCAUUGCCUGUUUAUACAAAGGUGUGUCAGGAUCAUCAAACUCUCCUCCUCUGAAGAGGAGAGUGAUGACGAAAUCUGGAACCCUGGAGGAGAGUUCUGGAGCUCUAGAAGCAGAACCUCAGCUGGAUCCGUCUGAGCUCAGAGGCCUUGACGAUGCACUCAACAAGGAGAGCUACCUCAUAGAGGGACCACACUCUUCUGACGCAUGGGAUGCUGUUUUUCCAACCUCUCAGUCCAGAGAGGGAACAUUCCUAAGUGGACAGGAUAUGAUGGGAAACCUGCUGAAUUCAACCCAAAGUUUUCCUCUUCCAAAUGACCAGUUCCAGGAGCAGGUCCUGGGUCUGCUGGUGGACAUCAGACAGUCAGUGUGGGAUCUAGGAGGAAGAGUGGGAGUUCUAGAACACUGGGGUGGUUCUAGGGGUUCUGGAACAGAUUUCCAUUUUGACGUGUGCAGAACCUACGAGGACAUGGCCAACCUGGAGAAAGUUCUAGAGCCUCCUGAGGUAGCUGCCCAGAUGAAACAGUUCCUGAGCAGGAUCGGUGGGAACACCUUGAGGGAAAAUGUCACCAGGGUGAUGGAGAGGCUGAUGACCAAUGAACUGAUGAGUACCUUCAACAUGAAAGGAAGGAAAGGAACGAAGAAGAGUUUUCUCACACACUCCCUUAGCAAAAUCAUUAUUGACAGCAUCAUGAUCACCCACCCGUACGCCACAGAGUCUGCUGUGAUGCACCUGAUGGCCAACGUACUGAAGUAUGCCCCAGACCGACGCGGAGGAGGAGGCAGACCCCCCAGACAGUCACCCCAGGUCCCCCAUACCCAGAGACAGCAACACAUCCAGCAACACAUCAACAUCAAACAGGAGCAAGACUAUUAAUGCCUGGACACCUUCCUUCAAGCCUGCAUACCAGUCUGUUUGUACUAUUAUUCUCCUUGCCACUCAUUGUCAUGCCAAGGAGUGGGAUGAUAGCACAGACUGGUACCCAGGCUACCUUCCUACUCUACCUGGGUCGUAUUCACUAGUAGGCACCAAACCCGUGUUCAUUUCGUCAACAAAAAGAGUGACUAAAAUAUUUGGCAAACACCUAUUUUUCAGUGGCAAUUGACAAGACUAUAACUGAAUAAAUAGACCCAGAAAAGAAGAACUAAACUAAAAUGAUUUUUCAUUCCAGUUGACUAAAACUGGACGAGAAUAAAUUAUCUGACUAAAAUCAGAUAAGUGGACUGGACAAUAGUUUUUGGAGAGAUUGAGAGCUUUUCAGUGAUGAGCACAAUUAAUAUUAGCAGUGGGAAGGACUUGCCACACCUGGCACACACAGCCUACACAUCACCUGGUGAGCUGGGGGGGGGAGCAAGCAAUGAGUGUGGACAGACCAGCUCCACUCUGCCUUUGAUUAUACACAUCGCUCAGGCGACUCUCUUGCUUCCUCGUAGCUAACCAGUCACCACCAGCCUUCUGGUUAGCUACCCUUUGCCUGGUUAAGAAAUACAAGCUGCUUUAUGAAAUUAAAAACAAUAGCAGCAUUGAGUUUAAUAGUAAAACAACAGUCUAGCUCCCUUGAGUUUAGAAAAGUAGGCUGUCUUUGAUAUUUGUAGUCUCGCUCAACCCUCCCACUUUCCCCACUGCAUUUCAUAGCCAGGUUCUGUAGUCAACGUAGCCAAGACUCCCUCUUUUUAUAUGACUCAUAAUACUAGGACCAGGACUCGAGCACUGGGUCUUGGGAGUUCAGCCAUAGGGACUCGUGACUCGGACUUGAGGACUCGAUUGGGAUUUGAGGUUUAAUGACUUGACUACAUCACUGGGCGAAAUGGUCAUUAACCCCCCUUCUACUUCCUGACAUCAGUGUGGCGUCUGGGGAACGGUGAGAACAAUGAUGUGACGGAGUUGCAACCCAUAUUACUGUGUCAAUACGUGAUAGUGCCUCGCUCGCUCACUUUCUCUCCUCCCACCAUCCCUCCCUGCGCUUCUGUGUCUGUUUGUUUUUUAUGUAAUGUGUAAUAUCUAUGUAGGCUGAAUUAGGAAUUUACAUGGCCAGUUAAUUCUUAAAUAUGUUUAUCAUAUUUCUGCUGUUGGGAAGACAAUAGGAUGUUUUGCAGAAAAAUGUUUGUAGGACAAGGCUAUGUAUGUUUGUGCACAUGGAAGUCUGUGAUUUAUGUUUACUAUAGGUUAAUGAGGCAAUACAAAUGUGAUGUGACUAAAGGGCAUUUAGUUGACAAAAAAAACUAUACAAAAUCAUUAUUCAAAUAACAAAAGUGCGAGUGAGACUUAAUUAUAAUUUAGUCAAACUGACUAAGAUUAGACUAAAUCUAAAAAAUAGUGCCAAAAUGAAUACUGUACCAAACGGACUGAAACAGGUACUGCCUGGUCCCAGAUCAGUUUGUGUUCUUGCCAAGUCGAUUGCUAUCUUUGUCAAGCCGAACAUGAUAAUUCCAUAAGAACAUUGCAAGAGAGCAGACAGACUGGCAUGGCAUCCAGGCUAACACCAACUUUACUGUAGGCCUGAUGUACCCUCAGCCACCUUCCGCUUUUACGUUUCACAUUUAUUAUACAUGCACUGUAUAUAUCAUCAUUAGUUGCCUUUUUGAAUUUAACAAUUUAAUAUUAAAUAUUGAAUUUAGGAUUAAGUUAUCCGUUUUUUAAGUUAUGAUAAAUGAAUUUUUGGAAUGAAUGAUGGGAAGUAGUAUUUUAUAAUGUACAAAGCCUUGACUUCUGGUUCUAAAUAAAAUGCAUGCCUUGAGUUAGUCACCGUGUGGUAUGUGUUUGAAAUAUAUUUGGUGAAAGGGAAAAAUGUGUGCAGGCAGUAUAAUGGAUAGUAAAGUAGACUAUAACAUGAUUGUAUAUCAAAGAGAUUACAACUGAAAGUUAUGUAGAUGCUGCAUAUAUAUUAAUGUUUACUGAGAUAAGAUAUACUCCCUUUGGUUGAAGAUGUGAUGCAUAUUCUGAUCAUAGAAAUCGAUAAAGAUAAAAGAUAGUGUACGGUCUUCCAUUUCUAUGGUAGACGCGCAGAUACGUGUCUGGCGCGCUGACGUCAUUUCCGUAGAGUGCAACGUGCAUGUUUGACAACAAGCUCUACCUGGAUUUCUGGAAGAUCUUUUGCCCCUAAAAUCGUCCAACGAUGACUAAAUUACAAUAUCUGAAUGUGUAUCUGACUGAGCGUCUCAUGCAAGCUGCUGGGGAAAUACUAAGAGUUGUCGCAGACACGAUCUCCGAGUACCAGGAAGAAAUAGCCCGGACAAAGAGAGAGAACAAAUACCUGAAACGACAACUGAACACACCGGUUCUAUCGUUGGCCCCUCAGUCCAUACUGUCUUGUGUCUCGGAGCAGCAAAGUCCACCUGAGCAGCAGUACUGUGAGCAGGAGUCGAGCCCCAGUAUUGGCCAGGAGGACCUUGAGACCACACAGAUUAAAGAGGAACAUGGUGAACUCGGGACCAGUCAAGAGGAAGAGCAGCUUCAAGUACCGGAGUCUGAUACCAAAGAAGACUCCAUAUCUACUCCUCCCUGUGUGAAAAAUUAUGAGGACCGACCUCAGCAUUCACAUCUUUCCAGAACCAAAACUGUGGAGAACAGAAUGAGGGAGUCUCUACUGACCAACACAACUGGACAGAUCAAAACAGAACCUGAUGGCUAUGGAGUAUCACUAUCAGAACCAACCAGUGACUCCCCUCAGUCUCAGCCCGUCUCUGAAGUAAGUCCAGACUCUUCUAGAACACAAAGUCAGAACACUGAGAACACGGAAAGUGUUCCUAUUGUUCUGAGAGAUCUAGAAAGGAGACCAGAGGAGGAUACACAGACACACUCAUGUACUCAGUGUGGAGCCGUGUUCUAUGAGCUAUCCCAACUGGAGGCACACAUGCCAUCCCACACAGUACCAGACAGUGGUGACACUAGUCACAGGCAAAUCAUGUGCACAGUCUGUUGGAAGUCAUUCACAUCUACCAGUUACCUCAAGGUCCACCAGCGUUCUCACACUAAGGAAAAGCCCUUUCACUGUGGUGUGUGUGGCAAGAGCUUCAGCUACUCAGGGAAGUUCAGGGAACACCAGCGGAUUCACACAGGAGAGAGACCUUACCGCUGCCAUGUGUGUGGUAAACGCUUCAACCAGUCAGCCCACCUGAAGGCUCACUUGAGAGUACACACGGGGGAGAAACCCUACUCCUGUCCUGUCUGUGGGAAAGGAUUCAGUCAGUCUGGACAGAUCAAGGGACACCUCAGAACUCACAUCCAAGGGAGGUAGAAUAAUGAUAACUUGGAGUGGAAAGACUCCAUGAGUGGAUAAACAGUAACCUCGCAAGCCGCAUGAUCUGGUUCGCUACCACAGAAUCAGUCUGGUAAUUACGAGGCUAGAUAGACAAAACCUUCUGUUCUCAAAGUGACCAGCAUUUGGGAAGAGAAAGAGAUAAAGACAUUUUUAUUUUCAGUGCUACAAAUUUCACAUUUAAUUGUAAGACUAGAGGAUUAUAGAAUGUGUGAUGUGUUUCGGACCCAUAACUGAGGCACCGUAUAUCUGAAAAUAUUUAAGAGCUGCUUUAUAACAUGCUAUGAAAAGACUGGGCUCAUCCCCUGUAUUGCUUGGUGACACUAUGUUAAAGAGAAAUAUAAUGUUAAUUUUGGUGUUAUCUCCCUUGAUUUCCUCUUGAUGAUUCCAGUUGGAGCUGAUUGGUCUUCUUGCAAAUAAACUAACUCAGUCAUAUUGAUUAA